AACAGGAGGAACCACAGACCCCAGUGCAUGCAGGCCCCAGCAGCAGUGGGGAUCCUUCUCCAUCCAGUUUAACCCAGAACUCUGUAGUACCAGAACUGCCAGGAUUUUACUAUGACUCAGACAAGAACCGCUAUUUUCGCCUGUUGCCUGGACAUAAUAACUACAACCCACUCACCAAGGAGAGCAUUCAGUACAAGGCCAUGGAAUGCAAAAGACUGAAACUCUUAGAAGAGGAAGAAAAACAAAAGAAGAAAACAACAAGGGCUGGGCUGAAUUCAUCUAUGCUGUUACAGAAAAGGCAGCUGGGUUUGCUCAGCUCCACAAGUUAUUGCAGGCUGGUUCAUGAACUGAAAGUGAACUGUAUGCACAGGAGGAAGAUAGAAAUUCACAGUCCAGAUUCUUCAGUUGCUGGAACCAACAAUUUUAAAAUAAUUGUGGCAGAUGUUGCUUGUGAACGGAUAUUCACUGUGAACGACGUAGAGCAUGGAGGAUGUAAAUAUGGUAUCAUCAACCUCAGUGGUUUGGGGAAGGAGUCUCCCACUGUGGAGAUGUAUGACAACCUCUACUUCACAAAUCGCAAAGUGAAUUCUAUGUGCUGGGCAUCACUGACUCAUCCAGAUUCUCAUCUGUGUCUCAUGGGAAUUGCAGAAACACCAGGCUGUGCCAGUCUGCUUCCAGCAUCGUUGUUCAGCAGCAGUAACUCAGGAGAUCGACCUGGUAUGCUGUGCAGCUUCAAGAUAUCCACUGCCUGGUCCUGUGCUUGGUGCCUGAACCCUCAAAUAAAUGCCUGCUUCAGCACAGGCCUGACACGACGAGUUCUUGUGGCCAAUGUAGUGACAGGGCGCCAACAGUCAUUUAGAACCAGUAGUGAUGUAUUGGCACAACAGUUUGCUACACAGACACCAGUGCUUUACAACGGCUGCCGCUCAGGGGAGAUCUUCAGCAUCGAUGUGCGUCAGCGCAACCGAAAGGGGCAGAGCUGGAAGGCGAUUCAGCUCUUCCAUGACUCAGCAGUUACAUCCAUUCGCCUUCUUAAGGCUGAACAUUAUCUUAUGGCAGCAGAUAUGGCUGGCAAGAUAAAACUGUGGGACCUGAGAACAGCAAAGUGUGUGAAGCAGUACAAAGGUCAUCACAAUGAAUAUGCUAUUCUCCCCCUGCAUGUAAACGAGGAGGAAGGACUUCUAACAGCAG